GCACCCGGAUGUGGCGAAAAUGUUUGGCGCUCCUCUCAGGGUUUGCGCUCGGAAAACAUUUUAUAAUUCAGGUUAACGGCUCGGUUCAGGCUCGCGCGUCGACACGUUUAGAUGUUUUUUUUCCAACGAUGAGUUGGAUUUAAAACGGAUCUUUUCAAUGUGGAUUCGAGGAUGCAAGAAGCAGAUGAACAGUCAGAAGGGGCACAGUAUGCCAGCAACAAAAGGACCACUUCCUCUACUAACGCCUCUGCGCUCUGGUCAGAAACCCACACCCGUCUGCACCAGCUCCAUGCACCUGAUCCCCUUCAGGCCCCUGCCAGCACCGGCAAGCCCGUCGGCUCUGCCUGCGGCCUCCUCGGAGCCAACAGUGGCAUUCAGGGUCCUGGCGGCACCGGUACCGGUGUCAGCCCGGUCCUGGCUUGGCAUGCCGCUAUUAGCGCUGCCCGCCAAGCACAGGGCGAUGACAUUGCAAAGCCCGACAUGACUUCACGGCCCUCAGUUUGCACCACUGGACCAGCUCCUGUGGGCUCACUGGCGCAGAGGAAGAGGCAGCAGUACGCCAAAAGCAAAAAGCAGGGCGGAUCCAUCAACAGCAGGCCGCCCAGAGCUCUGUUCUGCCUCACCCUCAACAACCCGAUCCGCAGGGCCUGCAUCAGCCUGGUGGAGUGGAAACCAUUUGAUAUCUUUAUACUGCUGUCUAUUUUUGCCAACUGUGUGGCCUUAGCCAUCUACAUCCCCUUCCCCGGAGACGACUCCAAUUCUACCAACCAAGAGCUGGAAACAGUAGAAUAUGCCUUCCUGAUCAUUUUCACUAUAGAGACAUUUCUGAAGAUUAUUGCCUACGGCCUGGUAAUGCACCAAAACUCCUACGUCAGAAACGGCUGGAACAUGCUGGACUUUGUCAUCGUCAUAGUGGGGUUGUUCAGUGUGGUUCUGGAGAUGAUAACCAAAGACGCUGACUCUGGCGGCCAGUCGGGGGGCAAACCUGGGGGGUUUGACGUCAAGGCCCUCCGAGCCUUUCGCGUGCUACGACCCCUUCGCCUUGUCUCUGGAGUUCCCAGUUUACAGGUGGUUUUAAACUCCAUUAUUAAAGCCAUGGUUCCUCUGCUUCACAUUGCUCUGCUGGUCCUCUUUGUCAUCAUCAUCUACGCCAUCAUCGGCCUGGAGCUCUUCAUUGGCAAAAUGCACGCCACAUGCUACGUGAUACAAACAGGUUCCAUUGCAGAAGAGGAGGCCACGCCAUGUGCGGUAUCAGGGCACGGCCGUCAUUGCAUGAUGAACGGUACGGUCUGCAGAGAAGGUUGGCAAGGCCCCAACAACGGCAUCACCAACUUCGACAAUUUCUUGUUUGCCAUGCUCACUGUGUUCCAGUGCAUCACCAUGGAGGGCUGGACCGACGUUCUCUACUGGAUGAACGACGCAAUGGGCUUUGAGCUGCCGUGGGUCUACUUUGUCAGUCUGGUCAUCUUUGGAUCCUUCUUUGUUCUUAACUUGGUUUUGGGUGUGUUGAGUGGAGAGUUUUCCAAAGAGCGAGAGAAGGCCAAGGCUCGAGGUGACUUCCAGAAGCUACGUGAGAAGCAGCAGUUAGAGGAAGAUCUGAAGGGCUACCUGGACUGGAUCACUCAGGCCGAGGACAUCGACCCUGAGAACGAGGAGGAGGGAGACGAGGAGGGCAAGCGUAACCCGAGCAUGCCCACAAGUGAGACAGAGUCGGUGAACACAGAGAAUCACAAUGAAGAGGAAGGCAAGUCACCCUGCUGUGGACCGCUGUGUCAAAAAAUUACUAAGUCGAAGUGCAGUCGUCAGUGGCGACGGUGGAACCGUUUCUGUCGCAGGAAGUGUCGUGCAGCCGUGAAAUCUGUGACGUUUUAUUGGCUGGUCAUCAUCUUGGUGUUCCUCAAUACUCUCACCAUCGCCUCUGAGCACUACAACCAGCCGGACUGGCUGACUGAAGUACAGGACGUAUCCAACAAAGUUCUCCUAGCGAUGUUCACCUUAGAGAUGCUGGUGAAGAUGUACAGUUUGGGGCUGCAGGCCUACUUUGUGUCCCUGUUCAAUCGUUUCGACUGUUUCGUGGUGUGUGGAGGCAUCAUAGAGACCAUCCUGGUGGAGCUGGCCAUUAUGUCUCCGCUGGGCAUCUCUGUUUUCCGCUGUGUGCGCCUCCUUAGGAUCUUCAAGGUCACACGUCAUUGGGCAUCACUUAGUAACCUGGUGGCCUCUCUGCUCAACUCCAUGAAGUCCAUCGCCUCCCUGUUGCUGUUACUCUUCCUCUUCAUCAUCAUCUUCUCCCUGCUUGGCAUGCAGCUCUUUGGGGGAAAGUUCAACUUUGACGAGACCGUGACCAAAAGGAGCACGUUUGAUAACUUCCCCCAGGCUCUGCUCACCGUGUUCCAGAUCUUGACAGGAGAAGAUUGGAAUACGGUAAUGUAUGACGGUAUCAUGGCGUACGGCGGCCCGGCCUCCUCUGGAAUGGUGGUCUGUAUUUACUUCAUAAUCCUCUUCAUCUGUGGAAACUAUAUCCUGCUGAAUGUCUUCUUGGCCAUCGCUGUUGACAACCUGGCAGAUGCAGAGAGCCUAAACACAGCACAGAGGGAGGAAGAAGAGGCCAAGAAGAGGAAGAAUAGUAUCAAAGAAACAAGCACAGAGAAGAAGAGAGUUGAAAUAAUGGAUGCCAGGGAUGGAGAGACCAAGAUGCCAGCAGAGAUCUUACUGGAGGAAGACAAAGAGUCGUAUCCUGCCAUCGACUCUCCAGGGUGUAAUGAUGAUGAUGAUAAUGACCUCCCAGAAGUCCCGCCAGGGCCCCGCCCCCAGAGGCUAUCUGAACUCAGCAUCAAAGAAAAAAUGCCGCCCAUCCCAGAGGGCAGCGCCUUCUUCAUCUUCAGCAGAACUAACCCGAUUCGUGUAUUCUGCCAUAAGCUGAUCAACCAUCAGAUUUUCACCAACCUCAUCCUGGUCUUCAUCAUGCUCAGCUCCGUCUCUCUGGCUGCUGAGGAUCCCAUACGCAACUUCUCUGCUCGCAAUAUUAUCCUAGGGUAUGCAGACUAUGUCUUCACUAGUAUGUUUACAUUUGAGAUCCUUAUUAAGAUGACAGCGUUUGGAGCAUUCCUACAUAAAGGAGCUUUCUGCAGAAACUACUUCAACCUAUUAGACCUGCUGGUUGUUGGUGUGUCUCUGGUCUCCUUUGGCAUUCAAUCUUCUGCUAUCUCAGUGGUGAAGAUUCUCCGUGUUUUGAGAGUCCUCCGUCCGCUCAGGGCCAUCAACAGAGCCAAGGGACUCAAGCAUGUGGUCCAGUGCGUGUUUGUUGCCAUUAGGACCAUUGGCAACAUCAUGAUCGUCACCACGCUGCUGCAGUUCAUGUUCGCUUGUAUCGGAGUACAGCUCUUUAAGGGGAAAUUUUAUCGAUGCACAGAUGAGGCAAAGUCCAGCCCAGAGGAGUGCAAAGGUACCUAUAUUCUCUACAACAACGGAGACACUGCGCUGCCCAUGGUGAAGGAAAGGAUCUGGUACAACAGUGAGUUCAACUUUGACAACGUCCUCAUGGCCAUGAUGGCUCUCUUUACCGUCUCCACCUUUGAGGGAUGGCCCACUCUGUUGUACAAGGCCAUUGACUCUAACAGAGAGAACAUGGGUCCCAUCUACAACUACCGCGUUGAAAUCUCCAUCUUCUUCAUCAUCUACAUCAUCAUCAUCGCCUUCUUCAUGAUGAACAUCUUUGUCGGUUUCGUUAUUGUCACCUUCCAGGAGCAGGGAGAGAAAGAGUACAAGAACUGUGAGCUGGACAAGAACCAGCGUCAGUGUGUGGAGUACGCUCUUAAGGCCCGCCCUCUGCGGCGAUACAUCCCCAAAAACCCGUACCAGUACAAGUUCUGGUAUGUGGUCAACUCCACUGGCUUUGAGUAUGUCAUGUUUGUCCUAAUCAUCCUCAACACCUUGUGUCUGGCCAUACAGCACCAUGGUCAGUCUCAUCUGUUUAACUACGCCAUGGACAUCCUAAACAUGGUCUUCACCGGGGUUUUCACUGUGGAGAUGAUCCUCAAGCUCAUCGCCUUCAAACCCAGAGACUAUGUCGGAGACGCCUGGAACGUCUUCGAUGCUUUGGUGGUGAUUGGCAGUGUAAUCGACAUCAUACUCAGCCAGAACUAUUUUGCUGAUGCAUGGAACACGUUUGAUGCCUUAAUUGUUGUGGGUAGCGUGGUUGACAUUGCCAUCACUGAGAUCAAUAACACGGAGGACAGCGCUCGCAUCUCCAUCACCUUCUUCCGCCUGUUCAGAGUGAUGCGAUUGGUCAAACUGCUGAGCAGAGGGGAGGGCAUCAGGACUCUGCUGUGGACCUUCAUCAAGUCCUUUCAGGCUCUUCCCUAUGUUGCACUUCUGAUAGCCAUGUUGUUCUUCAUCUAUGCUGUAAUUGGAAUGCAGGUGUUUGGGAAAAUAGCCAUGGUGGAUGGGACACAAAUCAACCGCAACAACAACUUCCAAACCUUUCCUCAAGCUGUCCUGAUGCUCUUCAGGUGUGCCACUGGUGAGGCCUGGCAGGAGAUCAUGCUGGCCUGUCUGCCAGGAAAGCUCUGUGAUUUGGAGUCCGACUACAACCCCGGAGAGGAAAGAACCUGCGGCAGUGGCUUUGCUGUCAUCUACUUCAUCAGCUUCUAUAUGCUCUGUGCUUUUCUGAUCAUCAACCUGUUUGUAGCUGUCAUCAUGGAUAACUUUGACUAUCUGACCCGUGAUUGGUCCAUUCUUGGACCACAUCACCUGGAUGAGUUUAAAAGGAUCUGGUCUGAAUAUGACCCUGAAGCCAAGGGCAGGAUAAAGCACCUUGAUGUGGUGACUCUGCUGAGGAGGAUCCAGCCUCCACUGGGCUUCGGCAAGCUCUGUCCUCACAGAGUGGCCUGCAAGCGUCUGGUGGCGAUGAACAUGCCCCUGAACAGUGAUGGGACUGUCAUGUUUAAUGCCACCUUGUUUGCUCUGGUCCGCACCGCUCUCAAGAUUAAAACAGAAGGUAACCUGGAGCAAGCCAAUGAGGAGCUGAGAGCUGUGAUCAAGAAGAUCUGGAAAAGGACCAGCAUGAAGCUGCUGGACCAAGUGGUGCCCCCUGCAGGCGAUGACGAGGUAACAGUGGGGAAGUUCUAUGCCACCUUCCUGAUACAGGACUACUUCAGGAAGUUCAAGAGGCGCAAAGAGCAAGGUCUUGUGGGCAGGCGCUCAUGGGAGAGGCUGAACACCACCAUGGCUCUACAGGCCGGCCUGCGUACGCUGCAUGACAUUGGACCAGAGAUUCGUCGAGCCAUAUCAUGUGACCUGCAGGACGAGGGGCUAGUAGAUGCUAAUGGAGAGGAAGAAGAGGAAAUCUACAGGCGUAAUGGCGGUCUCUUUGGGAACCAUGUCAACCAUGUCAGUGCAGAUCAGCAAGGCUCCUCUCACCCAACUACAGUCACUCAGCGGCCGCUACAGAUCCUGCCCUUUUCCUGCAGUGCCUCGAUUGAACCCAUCCAGACCAGCGGGAGAGCCAGCGACAGCGACAGAGGAGGGGAGACAGAUAUGAACUCUUCACCCAUCCAGUAUAAUCAUCAUUAUCACACCCCUCAUCCGUAUAAUUACCCUCACUGUAAUUCCACUUGCCACCAAUCGCCAAUACCCUCCAAUGCCAACCUCAACAAUGCCAAUGUGCCCUCACUUCUCUCCAUGACCAACGGGAGGCAGCAGAAGUGUUUGUUAAGGCGAGACCGCCCGUCCUCCGCCAAAACUGGAUCACCGGUGUCCACUUACAGCAAAGGCCUGCAUGACAGGCCUUGGAAGUCACACUCCACAAGGACACGCUACUAUGAGGCCUACAUUAGGUCAGAAAGUGGCGGGGGACUCUACCCCACCAUUCGUCGAGAGGAGCCAGGGGGCGGCGACAGCGAUGAGGAGCGAGGCUCAGCAGAGUACUACAGCGGGGAGGAGUUUCACGAAGACGACAUCAUGCUCACGAGGGACAGGUUGUCCAACAAGGACCGCCAUGAUGCAGAGGGAGACUUUGACCUCGAGGUUUCCAGGGGCAGCCAUCAGCUUGAUGGUUACUGUGACGAUGACCAACAGCCAAUUUACCAAGAUGGCAGGCGGUCACCUAGGAGAUGGUUUUUACCGUCACCUCAAGCUUCCAACAGACCAACAUUCAGUUUUGAGUGUCUUCGCAGAAGAAGUAGUCAGGAUGACACUCCCCCUUCUCCAUCCUGCACAGCUCUUCCGCUACACCUGGUACAGCAACAGGUAAUGGCGGUGGCCGGUCUGGAUGCCAGCAGAAUUCAUCGUCUGUCCCCUACACGGUCGCUGCGAUCCUGGGCCACACCUCCGGCCUCCCCCAUCCCCCAUGACUGCUCACCCUGCUACACACCGCUCAUACAGGUGGACUGGCGCAGCCCUGGCAGCGUCAGCAGCAUCCCUGGAGCAGUGAAGAGGAGUCUAUGGUAUACAGACAGCCAGGAUGGAGCUCCCAGCCGCAGCCAGUCUCCAUCACGUUUGCAGUUACCUGCAGAGAGCUGCUCGCACCUCCUGCAGAAGAGAGGCAGCGCCAACAGUCUGGUAGAGGCUGUGUUGAUCUCUGAGGGCCUGGGGAAAUAUGCUAGGGAUCCCAAGUUUGUGUCAGCAACCAAACACGAGAUCGCAGACGCCUGUGAGAUGACCAUCGAUGAGAUGGAGAGCGCCGCCAGUAAUCUGCUGAACGGGAGUAUGGGUAACAGCACCACUGGGGCACUGGAGAGCAUCAGCUCAGACCCACUUGCCACAGCGCAUCUUAGAGACCGCAGUAUCCGUGACUAUAGUGACGAAGAGCCGUACGUGGCUGUGAAAUCUGAGGAGGACCUAACAGAUGAGAUGAUAUGCAUCACGUCGCUAUAGCAGCGGCUCACACAGGAUAUUUAGGUUUUUUCAAUUGAAUUUCUGCUACAAUUCCACAUCGAGGGGAUGUCUGUGCUCCAGUGUAUCCUGCAACAGACAGAAAAUGUAAAACAUGGAGGUAUAAGAGAACAAAAGUGCCUUGUUUUCUCUUUCUGUGGAGUGGAGAGUGGAAACAUAGGAAACACAGAUGGAUUCAUGGAAGGACUGAGUUAAAUUCAGCAAAUACUGAAACCAGAGGGAAUCAAUUUACCUGCCAGCCCUCCUGUCAUUCAGCAGGACACUCCUUAGAAAUUGUUUUUUUUUUCUUUAUAUUAAUGGUGAUUUAGGUAGGGUAAUCUGGUAGCUUUGCAAAGCCAACCCAAAGCCUGUGAACUUAGUUUUUCUAACAAAAUCCUCUGAGAACCAACUGAGCCCAGCAGCUGAGAGCCACAGUUUGGUAAAAUACAGGGAGUUAAUUAUAGUGAUGAGAUAAAUAAGGUGCAUAAUCUGUAAGUAUUUGAUUAUUGUUUUGUUUUGGCUCCAGACAGCUUCAGCACUCCAGUACCCUUAAAUCAAGGUGAUUGGUUGACUGAGUCCUUUCAUUGUUGCACUGUUUUAAAACUGUGUUACACUGCAUAAAACGAGUCCUACACCAUUACCUCAAUAUGGAUAUUAAGCCAAAAAAUCCCAGAAAAUGUGUCACCUCCUAAACACUCACAGACAUCACUUCAAAUUUAUUCAGAAAAGUGAUUUUAGUGGAAAAGGUUUAAGAUAUAUAACUUGUUCUGCAGCCUGUUCUCCACUUUGAAUAUCUGAAGCAAAGACAGACCAAUUAGUUGUGCUUUCACCAGUUGAUGCCUCAGUGCAGGUGAAAACUAACUGUCAUCUCCUCCAUCCAGUUUGAAAUGAGGCAUGUGUGAGCUGGCUUUGCAAAGCUACAAUUGUCCUGCUGCAAAAUGUCUUUGGCCGCCCAAUGAUUCCAAGAUGCCCUGU